CACCUUAAAAAAGCAACACUUGAAAGUUGCAGCAUCCACAAGAACCAACCCCGUAAAUUAACAGCAAUGAAUAUUUAUCUAUCACAAGGCCUAGAUCCUCUACCCACAACCAUCCUCUUCAUACUCCCUCUAUUGUUCCUCUAUGCCAUCGUUUCACGGCUUCGCCGGAAGCCACCACUUCCACCAGGCCCAAAAGGGUUACCGAUCAUCGGUAACAUGUUGACGAUGGAUCAAUUUACACUAACAAACCGUGGCCUCGCCAACUUAGCCAAGAAAUACGGGGACAUGUUCCACAUGAAGAUGGGUUCAGUCCACAUGGUCGCCAUUACGUCACCGGAAAUAGCCAAACAGGUCCUUCAAGUGCAAGACAACGUGUUCUCCGACCGUCCAACCUCCAAAGCCACCAGGUAUCUCUCCUACAACCGAGCCGAUCUCGCGUUUGCCGAUUACGGUCCGUUUUGGCGACAGAUGCGUAAGCUUUGCGUCAUGAGGCUGUUCAGCCGUAAACGAGCCGAGUCGUGGAACUCGGUGCGAGACGAGGUGGAGUCGAUGGUGAAAGCCGUGGCUUCCAACGCUGGCAAGCCCGUAAACAUCGGGGAGUUGAUUUUUACUCUUACUAUGAAUAUUAUUUACCGUGCUGCCUUUGGAUCCAUAAACGAAAGAAAGGAGGAGUUUCUCGAGAUUAUUCAAGAGUUCAAUAAGCUGUUCGUUUCGUUCAAUAUCUCUGACUUCAUUCCUUGGCUCGGCUGGUUCGAUCCGAACGACCUCAACAACAAACUAGCCAAGGCACGUGACUCGCUUGACAAAUUUAUUGACAAGAUCAUCGAUGAUCAUGUGCAGAAGAGGACAAAAAUUGACGGUUCUGAUGGAGGUACGAUCCAUGACAUGGUUGAUGAGAUGUUAACUUUCUACGGUGAUGAUGAGGUGAAUGUAAAAGAAUCGGACGAUCUACAGAGCUCCAUCAAGCUGACCAAGGAUAACAUGAAGGCCAUAAUAAUGGAUGUGAUGUUUGGAGGGGUUGAAACGGUGGCGUCUAUUAUAGAGUGGGCCUUGGCGGAGCUCAUUAAAAGCCCCGAUGAUUUGAAGAGAAUUCAACAAGAGUUGACCGAGGUGGUGGGCCUGAACAGGCAAGUAGAAGAGGCCCACUUGGAGAAGCUGACGUUCCUUAAAUGCGCAUUGAAAGAAACGUUGAGACUUCACCCGCCAAUCCCGGUGACACAUCACGCGACAUGCAAGCAUGCUGAGGUGGCAGGCUACUCCAUUCCGGCGAAGACACGUGUCAUAAUCAAUAUAUGGGCUUUGAUGAGGGAUCCGAAUUAUUGGGAUGAUCCGGAAACGUUUAGGCCUUCAAGGUUCUUGAAAGACGGGGCACCAGAUUUUAGGGGGAACAAUUUCGAAUUCAUUCCUUUUGGGUCGGGUCGGAGGUCGUGCCCGGGUAUGAAUCUGGGUCUUUAUGGGCUUGAAAUGGCUGUGGCUCAUUUGCUUCACGGUUUUCAGUGGGAGUUACCAGAUGGGAUGAAACCGAGUGAACUCGACAUGAGUGAGAGUUUUGGACUCACCGCGCAGAGAGCGAUUCGACUAGUUGCGAUUCCGAGCCCUAGAUUGGAAUGUCCACUUGCUUGAAUAUGGAAGGAGAUACAAACUGUUAUCAUGCGUAAUUAAUAUUACCAGCUUGUAGUGUCAGCAAUAACAAAAUAUUACAUGAGGGUCGCACAUGGAUAUAUACAUACUGGAACCAAUACUCUUGCAUAAAUUCUGUUAUUGUUUUUAUCUUUAGCUAGGUUUUUAGUUGUUUUUUUAUUUUCUUGUAAUCUUUCCUGCUUUUCCUGUUCUACACCAAGGCCAUCUUUGGAUGCGCUAUUGUAUGGUGUUCGAGUGUUCUAGGUCUGAUAUAUAUAUUUAUCCGUUUAUCAAAAAGAAUAGAUAUACAUA